AUGGCGGCCGACCAGCGCAAGCUGCUCGAGCAGCUCAUGGGAGAUCCAUCCCUCCUUACAGCUGGCGGCGGCAGCAGUCAGCAGAAGCUCAGCAUCACAGAUCCCAAAGUCUGUCGAUCAUUUCUGUGCGGUUCCUGUCCCCACGAGCUCUUCACAAACACCAAGGGCGACAUUGGCACCUGCCCAAAAGCCCACGUCGGAGCUCUGAAGGAGGAAUACACGAAUGCCAGCGAUAAGCAGAAGAGAGAUUGGGGAUUCGAAUGGGACUACAAGGCAGACAUCGGACGCCACGUGGGCGAUUGCGACCGCAAGAUCGAUGCGGCAGCUCGUCGCUUGGAGAAGACGCCAGAGGAGAUUCGCCAGCACAGAGCUCUGUUGGAUCAGAUCUCGGACUUGACGCAGAAUGUCAAUGUGGGACUGCAGGAGGUGGAAGUACUCUCGAACCUGGGCUCUGUCAAUCUUGCCGUGCAAGAGUUCUUCAAGAUAAAUCAGUACAGGGCGACGAAGGCAGAGCGUGAGCGCGAGCUUCAGUCGCUCACCGAUACUUCCGGUCCUUCUGGUCACCAAAAGUUGCAAGUCUGUGAUGUUUGCGGCGCGUAUCUCAGCAGACUCGACAAUGAUCGUCGUCUGGCCGACCACUUUGCUGGCAAGAUGCACUUGGGCUACCAGACGAUGCGCAAGGAACUUACUCGUCUCAACGAGGAGCUGAAGGGUCGCGCUCCUCCACGUCUAGACGCGUCAGGCUACGAUGAUGGUUAUGGAGGGCGCGGCGGUGGAUAUGGCGGAUACGGCGGAGAUGGGUACGGAGGAGGCCACGGAGGAGGAGGCUAUGGAGGAGGCUACGGAGGAGGAGGGAGCGGAGGAUACCGUGGUGGUUAUGGAGGCCGCGGCGGUGGAUAUGGUCGCGGCGGCGGUCGCGGUGGUGGUCGCUACGGUGGACCGAGAAAUCAUUGA